AACACACAUUAAAUUGUACACACUGUACACCGAUUCGAGCUCUGCGAGAGAGACUCACCUAUUUGGCGCCUUAUUUGUGCUGCCAUUAUUGGUGGCGUACAUGGCCACGUUAGCUGAGGUGUGGCGUGUUGGCCGGCUGCAAUUGAAUUAAUCAUCCACAUGGUGACCAACAGCCAGGAGGGCGAGACGCUGCCCGCAACAUCGUCGGUAACUGGGCUGCCACAGAAGCGCUUCUAUCGCCAACGGGCACACUCAAAUCCCAUAGCGGAUCACAGUUUUGAUUAUCCCGCCCGCCCAGAGGAUGUGGACUGGCGCUCCCUGUAUCCCAACAUCGGCAGCGAGCAGCAAGUCGAAUUUGCUGACAUAGGCUGCGGCUACGGCGGCUUCCUAGUCACCCUGGGCGAAAUGUUUCCCGAUAAGUUGGCCAUCGGCAUGGAGAUACGAGUCAAAGUGUCCGACUAUGUAAUCGAUCGCAUUGCGGCGCUCAGAAUGAAAAAUGCGGAAACAAGCGCAUACCAGAACAUUGCCUGCAUACGCACCAAUGCGAUGAAAUAUUUGCCAAACUAUUUCCAAAAGAGCCAACUCGAGAAAAUGUUCUUUUUGUAUCCCGAUCCGCAUUUCAAGCGCGCCAAACAUAAGUGGCGCAUCAUCAACCAGGCAUUGCUCUCCGAAUACGCAUACGUUCUCCGGAGCGGGGGCCUGGUAUAUACGAUGACGGAUGUCGAGGAUCUUCACAAGUGGAUUGUCUCACACAUGACACAGCAUCCGUUGUAUGAACGACUCAGUGACGAGGAAGCUAAUGCCGAUCCUAUUACGCCCAAGCUAUACCAGAGCAGUGAGGAGGGCGCCAAGGUGGUGCGCAAUAAGGGUGAUCACUUCUUGGCUAUAUUCCGCCGCAUCUAGGCGCAUUUAUAUAUAU